UUCGGUUAGAAACGUUCACACGACGCCGACCUGCGCACGCAGCAGCGCUACCGCCAUGACGUCACUGCUCCCUCAUCCAAUCAGCGCUCGCUCUGUGCGGCACUUCCUCCGAGGCCCUGUAACUAAACUGGAGCUGCGCGCGGGUCGGAAGUCCGAAAUAAAAACAACAAAACAAUAAAUAAAAAUUGUCAAACAUUUGCGAAUAUUGACCCUUACACAGAGUUUUAAUCUGCGGGUUGAUAAAGCAGCCUUAGGACUGAUAAAUGAGCGCACAAAUGGCGAAUUGAGGGGGAGUUAGCCGCAGCUGCUAACGCACGAGACUGAUUUCAAACUCAAAACUAAUGGCAGAUUUCAUUUAUUUCAGCGUUAUUUCAGCUAUAAACUCCACACUGCGGUGAUUUUAAAGGACAGACGUGUGCGUGGUGGUGCUAGAUGGUGUUUUCGUUCUGAAGGGUUUUUGUUUAUUUUUUUUGGCGGCCUGAGGUGCUGAGGCCUGCUGCAUGAGGUUGAAUAGAUCAGCUCAAAUCAACAUUAAAACUGAUCAGAUAGAUUGAUCAAUCACAUCCAGCGAUCAAUCCGAACCAGAGGGGUGAAAGAUGUCGGCACAGGCGCAGAUGAGAGCCAUGUUGGAUCAGCUCAUGGGCACCGGCAGAGAUGGAGACACGAUGAGGCAGAGGAUCAAGUUUACAGAUGAUCGUGUUUGUAAGAGUCACCUGCUGGAGUCCUGUCCACAUGACAUCCUGUCUGGAACUCGCAUGGAUUUGGGGGAGUGUGUUAAAAUUCAUGAUCUCGCUCUGAGAGCAGACUAUGAGAUCGCCGCUAAACAGCAGGAGUAUUUCUUUGAACUGGAUGCCGUAGAGCACCUGCAGUCCUUCAUCGCAGACUGCGACAGAAGAACAGAACUGGCAAAGAAAAGAUUGGCUGAAACGCAGGAAGAGAUCAGCGCCGAGGUUGCUGCAAAGGCGGAGCGUGUGCACGAGCUGAACGAGGAGAUCGGGAAGCUGCUGGCGCGUGCGGAGCAGCUGGGUGGAGAGGGGAAUGUUGACGAGGCUCAACAGGUGCUGGAGAAGGUGGAGAAAACACGCAUCCUAAAGAGAGAGGCAGAGGACAUCUACCGCAACUCCAUGCCGGCCUCCAGCUUCCAGCAGCAGAAGCUGCGCGUGUGUGAGGUUUGCUCCGCCUACCUCGGCCUCCAUGACAACGACCGCCGCCUAGCCGACCACUUUGGCGGGAAACUGCAUUUAGGUUUCAUCGAAAUCCGUGAAAAACUUGAAAAACUGAGGAAAGCCGUAACGGAGAAACAGGAGCGCAUGCGGUUGAAACGAAGAGAGGAACGGGACAGAGAAGAGGAGAGGGCAAGAGAGUGGGAGAUAGAGAAAGAGAAGGAGAGAGAGCGUGAACGUGAGAGAGAGAAAGAGAGAGAGCGGGAGAGGGAGCGAGACCGAGAGAGAGAACGCAGGAGGGAUGUUGGGAGCUCAUCGUCUCAUCACUCUCGUCGACACCGUGAGGAUGGAGAGAGGGAACGCGAGAGGAAACACAGACACAAAGAGCGCCAUCGCUCUCGCUCUCACUCGCACAGAAGCAAAAGGAAGAGAUCUUCCCACACCAGAGAUCCGGAGCCCGCUCUUCCUCAGGAGAGAUGGAGGGAGAACGCCCCAGAAGAGAGAUGGAGAGAUAACGGACGGAGGGAGAUGCAGAGAGAGAUGUCCCCCUCCACCCCCGACAUGACCCGAAUGAGAGAGCGAGAGAGGUCCGUCUCGCUGGAGAGAGAGCAGCGCUCCAGUUCAGAGGAGAGAGAGUCCGGAGAGAUCUAGAACACAAAGAGAGAAAUACUUUACAUACUGUAGCCAUCAUUCCCUGUUCUGUCUCUUACCGCCAACACUGAUCUGUCAAUAACUGGAUAUCAGUGACACGCUCGCGUCAAUCCAUCAAUCUGUUCACAGAAGAGUUCCUGGACUGAUUUGAGCUUUGUGUGUGUGUGUGUGUGUGUGUGUGUGUGUGUGUGUGUGUGUGUGUGUGUGUGUGUGUGUGUGUGUGUGUGUGUGUGUGUGUGUGUCUUUACCAUCUGGUUAUU